AUGGGUAAUUCAAAUUCUAAACCUUCAAGUAAGACUAAAAAAUCGACUUCGAAGACAACUAAAAAGGGGAAAGAGAGUUCCUCCAGUUCUCGUCCGUCGUUAAGCACAAAAAGUUCACAUAAUCACAGUAUAAGCACUAGAGGUCAUUCGACAGAACAUGUUCCGACGAUUAUCAAUACUCCAGAAUCGCCAGUGAAACUAAAUGAUAGUGCUACUGCGAACAGUGGGAGUGAAUUGGCCUCCGCUCAAGUAGAACCUUCGUUAUCCGAACAACAUACCGAGUCUCAUAGUAGGUCGAGUAGACUAAGACCGACGACUUUGUCUCGUACCACCACGGGACAGUCUAAUAAAUCUUCACGAUCUUUGAGAUCGAGGCGAUCUCUGAAUAAUAUGGGCAUGUCACCUUCGUCUGCUACAAAUAAUGAUGACAACACUAAUAAUUUGGGAUUGCCUCAAAUAAAGAAACAACUUUCGAAUAUUGAAACAAAAAAUAACAAUUCUAUAUUACAACAACCGGUAUCGUCGUCGUCUACUUCACAUUCACAUACUCAUCGAAGGUCUCAUUCGCAACAUCUAUUUCAAUCGUUCCAUGGUAAUUCCUCACACGAUACUUCUGAAGACCCCGGCACAGAUCACAAUCAUUUACUUCCAAGAUCGGGUAGACCUUCAAAUGCUAAUUCGAGAAGAUCAAGUUUUAAUAAUAUGAGUGAUUUACCCCCGUCCAUGAUUCAAGUAGAACCAAAGCCUCCGAUUUUGAAAAACAGUAAAUAUACACAAUCUUCUCAUUCUUUCCAAUAUUAUGAAAAUGCCCUAACAGAUGAGGAUAACGAUAAUAAUAAUAACAGCAAUAAUAAUAAUAAUAAUACGUCAUACUCCGUACAGACACCCGGUGGAGGAGAAAAAUCUUCAAGACAGGAAUCUAUGAGGCACAGUCAUUCUUCGAGGCCAUCGAGUAUCAAAAGUGGAAUCUCAUCAUCAUCCAGACAACGUCGUAAAUCCGACAAUAAUAACGGGUCGAGAGCUCCUGAUUUUGUAUUAUCAGGAUCACAGGGACAGUCUCGUUCAAAUUCAUUCGCUUCAUCGAUGCAUUCAAGAAAAUCUUCACAAGGUUCAAAUACAAAUACUGCUUAUAGUACACCUUUGAAUUCACCUGGCGUACAACAACUAUUGCAACAUAAUAAGAUGAGCGACGAGUCACAGGAUUAUUUUGGUAAUGGUACCAAUAUCGACAGUUCGGGAUCAGCCAACGGAACUCCGCAUCAUCAUCGUCACCAACAUCAUCGUUCGUCUUCCUCUGUAAAUAAUGAUAAUGAUAAUAUGGAGCAUCAAGUGCUAGAUGAGGACAAUGCCAGUAAUUAUACCGCUGUGUCAAAGAUGGAUCAAUACCCUGGUGGAAUGGAUUCAUUUAAUACCCCCAUCGGAGAUACUGAUGUUGCAUCUAAUUUAGGUUUUAACGGCGCUGUUGGUAAGAAGAAGAAAGUUUAUAAACCAAUUGACAUAGAUGAAACUAUACAAAAAUUACUGGAUGCAGGUUACGCUUCCAAGAGAACUAAGAAUGUAUGUUUGAAAAAUUCUGAAAUUGCACAAAUUUGUCAGCAAGCUCGUGAAAUUUUCUUAUCACAACCAUCAUUGUUAGAAUUAUCUCCGCCAGUGAAAAUCGUCGGUGAUGUCCAUGGUCAAUAUGGGGAUCUAUUAAGAUUAUUUACUAAAUGUGGGUUUCCACCGCAAUCAAACUACUUAUUUUUAGGUGAUUAUGUCGAUCGUGGUAAACAAUCUCUUGAAACUAUUCUCCUAUUAUUAUGUUACAAGAUCAAAUACCCGGAAAAUUUCUUUGUCCUGAGAGGUAAUCACGAAUGUGCCAAUGUCACUAGAGUAUAUGGUUUCUACGAUGAAUGUAAAAGACGUUGUAAUAUCAAGACAUGGAAAGUGUUCAUCGAUACAUUUAAUACUUUACCUUUGGCAGCAAUUGUUGCUGGUAAAAUAUUUUGUGUACAUGGAGGGUUAUCUCCAGUGUUAAAUUCAAUGGAUGAAAUUAGACAUGUCAGUAGACCUACAGAUGUUCCUGAUUUUGGUUUGAUCAAUGAUUUAUUGUGGUCUGAUCCUACGGAUUCACCUAAUGAAUGGGAAGACAAUGAAAGAGGUGUUAGUUACUGUUACAACAAAGUUGCCAUUAACAAAUUUUUGAAUAAAUUUGGAUUUGACCUUGUGUGUCGUGCACACAUGGUUGUUGAAGAUGGUUAUGAAUUUUUUAAUGAUCGAAGUUUAGUGACGGUUUUUUCAGCCCCAAAUUAUUGUGGUGAGUUUGAUAAUUGGGGUGCUGUGAUGAGUGUCAGUGACGGUUUAUUAUGUUCUUUUGAACUAUUGGAUCCUUUAGACAGUGCUGCAUUAAAGCAAGUAAUGAAAAAGGGAAGACAAGAAAGAAAAGUGGCAAAUCAACAACAAUUGCUUGAGAGAUAG